AUGAUAGCGAAGCGUAAGCCGAGACAAAGGAAGGAAAACCCAGCUAGCCUGACAGAGAAAGGAGUUAACAGGCAGAACUUGGCCCCGGAGACUGACCGGAUUAAGACUGGGUCAAGAUUUGAGGCGCUAUCCGGUGAGGAAGAGCGAGAGCAACCUGUGGAACGGGACCAAACGAGCUUGAAUCGGCCUAACUCCAACAAUAAAAAUGGGAGAAAUCAUAGUGCAAAGGCUAAGUCAAAUGGAAAGGAUGGCAGGAGAGAAGAUGCUAUAGAUGCAAGCCAUGCACGUAUGCAUGGGAAACAACCCAUGGAGAGGACGAGUGCCUCUAUCCCCCCACGAGAAAAAUCGUCUUUGAAGGCAACAAGCUCUGAAGUAGGGUCUCGGGCCGGCCUGAAAAGUCACACCCCGGAUCUUGAGGCAGAAAGUGGUGGGGAGACUACUCCGAGGGAUAUAGCCACGAAGGAAACCCCCGAUGUUUCCAUGUUGUUGACCAUCGAGAACCAGCAGCUAGAAUCUCACAAUAGAUCACCGGACCUAGCAUUUAAAGAGACGGAGGGGUUUGGAAGUGGUGAUGUGUCUAUAGGGGGGAAGUCGAUGGAGAUCUUAAACGAGUUUGUUGGGGAUGGUCUUGGACCCAAGGCCCCUCAAAAUCAUGCGUAA